UCAAUCGUAAGCGAAAUAUAAUGGUAAAAUUGAUUAGUUAUUUAUUGCUCUAUGGGCUGGUCGUUAUUUGUGCCUCAGAGUCUACAAGUCCUGAUGUCCUGAAAGGGCAUGGAUACCUAAGGCAUCUGCGGCCCCUGGCAGUGGAAUUCAUAGAGUACUUUCAAAAUUUAACUCUGGAGAGCUUGGGAUUAUCGGACUCCAGGUUGGCCAGUGUGGAUGACACAUUAUGUCUGGAGGAAAUGGAAGCACUUAUGAGUGCACUCUCAUCCGGCGAGUAUUGGGCAUUAAAAAUGAUAGAUUCGUGGGGUUCCAUUCCCUCGGGAAUAAUGACCGGGAACAACUUUGACCUUGGGAACUUUGAUGAAUGCCUUUCAAUAUAUCAAGUGAUCGGUAGUCGGAAAAUAAGUGGAAAGUACUGCUUCCUCAUAGCCAACAACUUAAGAAUUGCAACUUGUUUUCCUGCUUCAUGCUCUUCCACUCAAAUGGAACCCUUUGUGAAGGAAAUUUUGAAUAGAAUUCCUUACGUUAAUAGUGUCAAUAUAACUUUGAAGAUCAGCGAAGCGAGCUGCCAAACAAGUGAAAGUGACCCUUGGGAUGUACUGACUAUAUCCACCAUUGUGAUACUAUCUGUGAUGAGUGUCCUUGUCACAUUGUUUACAUUAUAUGAUUACUUUCUGUGCGAAGAUCAAAAUAAAAUUCCAGCCCUGGUAAAGGCUUUCUCAGCUCGGGCCAAUUCUCGCACUCUUUUUCGUAUAGUUCCGAGCAACUCGAACCCAAAUAUAAUAGAGUGCCUUCAUGGCAUCCGCUGUAUGUCACUUUUUUGGGUUAUCUUCUCUCAUGAGUUCAUAUAUGCUCUUACUUCACCCAACCUAAACAAGGCUGAUAUAUAUUCGUGGGCCGUGGAACGCUUUGCUAGUUUUGUGCUACAUGGAUACUUCACAGUAGACUCAUUUUUCGUUCUCGGAGGUUUAUUGGUAUCCAUGAUUGCUUUACGUUCUAUGGAGAAAUCUGGCGGAAAACUGAACCCGCUUCUUAUGUAUCUGCAUCGUAUAAUUCGCAUUGUGCCCGUCUUAGCGAUGGCCAUACUAAUCUACAUGAGAAUGAUGACCGUUGUCAGUGGUGGACCAAUGCUAAAAAAUGGGUAUCAUGGGAAAGAGAGUUGUGAGAAAGGUUGGUUCUUGACCAUGCUCUUCAUUCAGAAUUAUGCAGCACUGCACAUUUGCCUCGAUCACACUUGGUAUUUGGCGGUGGACAUGCAGCUGUUUAUUAUAUCACCAAUUCUUUUGAUUGCUCUUUAUAAAUGGGGGAAAAAGGCGGCUUCUGGAAUUGCUGUGCUUGUGGUGUUGCUAUCGGGUUGCCUUUUUGCCACUCAAAUGGUCAACAAAUACUCGAUGCUUGUUAAAAAUGGCGGUGACGAUGACGGGGUUCCCAAUAAGAAGCUGUACUUGGCCACGCAUGUUCACGCUGCACCCUGGCUGAUUGGAUUCCUAUUUGGGUAUUUUCUGCAUCUGAAUCGCAGCAAGAAAUUCCAGAUGCGCCCAUUAGUUGUGUGGACGGGUUGGAUCCUCAGCCUGGCGAUGCUCUUCACCUCGAUCUUCGCCCUUUAUCCAGCGGGUAAAUGGAGUGCUCCUCCGCUGUCCACUCUGGAGGAAUCUCUGUACUACACCCUCACCCGAGUCGCUUGGCCAUUGGCCAUUUGUUGGAUAAUCUUCGCCUGCAUGCAGGGCUAUGGAGGUCUGGCCAAUAGUUUCCUUUCCUCACCUCUGUGGCAGCCAUUUUCAAGGCUCUCCUACUCCAUGUAUAUCUGGCAUAUGUUCGUUCAGGAAAUGAACAGCAGAAGUGUCAGGACAAACACAUAUUUCUCCAGCUACUCUAUGAUGAAACAUUUCUGGUAUGAUUUUGGGUUUACUGCUCUGAUGUCCUACCUCUUGUACCUCAUCAUCGAAGCUCCUCUUUGUGGAUUUGAUAUUCUUCUGCGACCCCAGAGAAAUCCUCCUGCUGCUGAUCAACCAAAGUUAGUUUCUAAUCAGAAUGAUCUAGAAACAAGAAGGCCAAAAGAAUCAGAGCCAAUAACCGCCUCUGAUGUGCAAAAAUAACAUGUUAGCUUAAUAAAUAUAGUUUAUAAUGUGAUAUCUCAAGGAAUAAAGUAUUCAGACCUGUGUUU